GUCUUCCGUCUGGGGCCCGGCGGCUGGCGGCGGUCCGGCAGCGGCGGGGCCCCGGGGGGCGCCCAAGAUGGCGGCGGGCGGCGCGGAGGGCGGCUCGGGCCCCGGCGCCGCCAUGGGGGACUGCGCGGAGAUCAAGUCGCAGUUCCGCACCCGCGAGGGCUUCUACAAGCUGCUCCCGGGCGACGGCGCCGCUCGCCGCUCGGGUCCGGCUUCCGCGCAGACCCCGGCGCCGCCGCAGCCGCCGCAGCCCCCGCCCGGCCCGGCGUCCUCGGCGGGUCCCGGCACCGCAGGCCCCGCGUCGUCCCCGCCGCCCGCAGGCCCCGGGCCCGGGCCCGCGCUGCCCGCCGUGCGCCUCAGCCUCGUGCGCCUCGGCGAGCCCGACGGCGCCGGCUCCGGGGAGCCGCCCGCCACGCCCGCCGGCCUGGGCGCGGGCGGCGACCGCGUCUGCUUCAACUUGGGCCGCGAGCUCUACUUCUACCCCGGCUGCUGCCGCCGCGGGAGCCAGCGGUCCAUCGACCUGAACAAACCCAUCGACAAGCGUAUCUACAAGGGCACCCAGCCCACCUGCCAUGAUUUCAACCAGUUCACAGCGGCUACGGAGACCAUUUCCCUGCUGGUGGGCUUCUCUGCCGGCCAGGUGCAGUACCUGGAUCUCAUUAAGAAAGACACCAGCAAGCUGUUCAACGAAGAGCGGCUGAUCGACAAGACCAAGGUGACCUACCUGAAGUGGCUGCCAGAGUCCGAGAGCCUGUUCCUGGCGUCGCACGCCAGCGGCCACCUCUACCUGUACAAUGUCAGCCACCCGUGCGCCUCUGCGCCACCGCAGUACAGCCUGCUCAAGCAGGGCGAAGGCUUCGCCGUCUACGCAGCCAAGAGCAAGGCGCCCCGCAACCCGCUGGCCAAGUGGGCCGUGGGCGAGGGUCCCCUCAACGAGUUCGCCUUCUCCCCAGACGGCCGCCACCUGGCCUGCGUCAGCCAGGACGGCUGCCUGCGCGUCUUCCACUUCGACUCCAUGCUCCUGCGCGGCCUCAUGAAGAGCUACUUUGGGGGGCUGCUGUGCGUGUGCUGGAGCCCCGACGGCCGCUACGUCGUGACGGGUGGUGAGGACGACCUGGUCACCGUCUGGUCCUUUGCCGAAGGCCGCGUGGUGGCUCGAGGCCAUGGCCACAAGUCCUGGGUCAACGCCGUGGCCUUUGACCCCUAUACCACUCGCGCAGAGGAGGCGGCGGCAUCCGGAGGGGAUGGGGAGCGCAGCGGGGAGGAGGAGGAGGAGCCGGCGGGCCCGGGCUCAGCGCCCCUGUCCCCGCUGCCCAAGGCGGGCUCCAUCACCUACCGCUUCGGCUCGGCUGGCCAGGACACGCAGUUCUGCCUGUGGGACCUCACAGAAGACGUGCUGUACCCGCACCCACCGCUGGCCCGCACCCGCACCCUCCCGGGCACCCCGCCACCGGCCACUGGGCCCUCGCGGGGCUGCGAGCCGGGUCCUGGGCCCCUGCCCCGCUCCCUGUCCCGCUCCAACAGCCUCCCGCACCCAGCGGGCAGCGGCAAGGCGGGCACCCCCAGCACCGCAGCCGAGCCAGGCACGCCCUUCAGCAUCGGCCGCUUCGCCACGCUCACGCUGCAGGAACGCCGUGACCGCGACCGCGACCGCAGUGCCGAUAAGGAGCACAAGCGCUACCACAGCCUGGGCAAUAUUAGCCGCGGUGGCGCGGCCGGCGACAAGCCCAGUGGGCCAGCCCCGCGCAGCCGCCUGGACCCCGCCAAGGUGCUGGGCACCGCGCUGUGCCCGCGCAUCCAUGAGGUACCGCUGCUCGAGCCGCUGGUGUGCAAGAAGAUCGCACAGGAGCGCCUGACCGUCCUCCUGUUCCUCGAGGACUGCAUCAUCACGGCCUGCCAGGAGGGCCUCAUCUGCACCUGGGCACGGCCUGGCAAAGCGGGCAUCUCCUCCCAGCCCGGCAACUCCCCGAGCGGCACAGUGGUGUGAAGCCAUGGAUGUUGGGGUUCCCCACACCCCCUGCCUCCUAGCCAUGACCCUCCCUGCAGACCGCAAGGAUCACCGUUACUAACAAGACUGACCGUGAAGGAGGGAUUGCCCCCCUGCACAAAUCUAGGGGGACAGAGGGUCACCAGGACUGGCCCGGAUAUGGGGGAGGUGGCCCUUGUGUCUGGGCUCUGUCCCCUCUACUGCCAAGUACCACGAGCCCUUCCCUGCGCAUCAGUGUCCCUGCCCCGGCAUGCGCCCUGUCACUGGGUCCGGCCCCGCCCUUGACGGCCCCCGCUCUAUGUGCCCCUGAGCCUGGGCAGGGUGGGGGCGCCCCCUCCCUUGCUGCCGUCUGUGCUUUUGAAGAGUGUUAAAUUAUGGCCGCUCCUUGGCCCCCCCACGCGUAUUUAUACUAAAGCUCCCGUUUUCA